CAUAUGCGAAAUCAGGUAGAGAAAAUAAUCAACAUGGUGAACCUGGUGACAGCAUACUGCUCAAUGCUGCGUUGGGGGAUGAUGAAGAUAGCGGGUGUGAGGCCGUACACGGUGGAGAUAGAGCCAGGGACAGUGAUGAGAUUCUGGGUUCCCUCAGAAACCCCUUUGAAGCCCAAACCAGUGGUGGUUCUCCUCCACGGCUUCUGCGGGGAUGGCAUUAUGACGUGGCAGUUCCAGGUUGGCGCUUUAACUAAAAAUUACGCCGUGUACGUGCCGGACUUCCUCUUCUUCGGCAGCUCAGGCACCGACAGGCCGGAGCGGUCCGUGGCGUUUCAGGCGGAGUGUUUGGCGGCGGGGUUGAGGAAGCUCGGGGUGGAGAAGUGCAUUGUGGUUGGGUUUAGCUACGGCGGGAUGGUGGCGUUCAAUAUGGCGGAGAUGUAUCCUGAGCUGGUCCAAGCAGUUGUGGUGUCUGGGUCGUGUGUGGCUAUUAUGGAGUCUAUAAUUACAACUGUAGUGGAAGAAGCUGGGUUUUCUUCUUGUUCCGACAUGCUAUUGCCAACCUCUGUUGAGGGAUUAAGGGCACUUCUCUCAAUUGGUGCUCACAAAAACUUGGCAUGGUUUCCCAACCGUUUCUACAGAGACUUUCUUGAGGUUAUGUACUCAAAUAGGGAGGAACGAGGCGAGCUAUUAGAUGAAUUAGUCACCAGCUAUAAAGAAAUCAACAUCCCAAAAUUUCAGCAGCAAAUACAUCUUUUGUGGGGCGCGAACGAUAAACUUUUCAAAGUAGAGCUUGCAAAGAAGAUGAAAGAGAAGCUUGGAAGCAAGGCCACAUUUCAAGUCAUAAAAGAGGCUGGCCAUCUGGUUCACUUGGAGCGACCCUUUGUUUAUAAUAGGUGCCUUAAACAGUUUCUAUCUUCGGUUAUGCCUCUGCCUGAAGCCCUGAAAGACAAUCCAACUCACAUGUUACACUCUAUUGAUUAUUUACGACACUAUGAAGGAAUUUAUUAGUUAAAAAUCGAUGCUCAUAAACAAAUUUCCUUAAUUUUCAUGUUAAUUAGUAAUUAAGAUAAUUUAUUGUAUUCUCCCCUCUAAUA